AUGAAUAAGGUCCUAGAUAACAGGCCUUAUCACUUUGCAAGAUGGAUGGUGAUUUUGCAAAAAUGGGAGCCAACAAACUCAGUUUCUGUUCCCUCUCAUAUUCCCUUUUGGAUUCGUGUCCAAGGAGUACCGCUUCACCUCUGGAGUGAGGCCAUUCUCAGGAGUAUUGGAGAAGAUUUGGGUCAUUAUGAAAAGUGUGAGAUAUUGACUGGAACUAUGAGGCUGAGAACUCAUAUCAACGGUUUACUACUGCUGCUGAAGAAAUAUACUCUGGAGUGUGGAGAGGGCGAUGAGCUCAUACUCACCCUAGUAUAUGAAAAAUUGGAGAAACAUUGCCAACUCUGCCUCAAGUUGGAUCACGAGAGCGAGGAUUGUCCAGCCUCCGCUGAUAAGAGCGGCAGAAACAGUCUAAAGCCAAUGUUAUCAAGAGAGAUACCUCAGUUGGAGCACUCUGGGGAGGUUGUUCCAACGUCCUGA